AUGAUUGGCACAGAGACCAUGGCGCCGGGACAACAUGUCUUGAUGGCAAGGAGAUUUGGUAUCAUUCUUCAUGAAGGCCGUCUUGCUGUGGGCCACGUCAUUGCUCAAUACUCUCAGAGUGGUGGGAAAGCCGGUGCCCAUUCGUGGCAGCAGACCUCAAUCAGCAUUGGAGGCAUCUUGUACAUAUCUAUGCAGGUAUAUGAGGCCUUGUACACCGCUCUUUUUCGAGCCAUCCACGGUUGUGUAGCUGUUGUACAGUCCUACACAUUUGCACACAUCCACUGUGACCACUUUCUCUGUAUCCUACCAGGCGAUCCAACCAUCAGUCAAGACCGGCAACAUAUUCACCUCGACGAAGACUCCCUUCAAAUCUAUUCUUGUCUAAUGAAACAUACCAUGGCUAUUGUCGCAGCUGUGAAGCAACUAAAAGGGUUACGUCGGCGUGGCGCGGGGGGCAAGAAGAGUAGUGGUGGCGCAGGGGAGGAUGGCGACGGCUGUGUCCACGAGUUGUGA